AUGACAGCUAAUGGAAUAGUUGCUUUUGAAAAUUCUGAAAUAUCAUGGCCACGUUCAGUUCGAUUUUGGCUUUUACUUAUAUUUGAUAUUCCAUCAAUAGCAUGUUCAAUUUUUGUUCUUUAUCAUUUAUUAAUGAAUAGAAAAUCUCGUUAUGCAUUACAUAAUCAUACAAUUAUUAUUUUAUUAAUUAUAGCACUUAUGUUUCAAUUAACUGAUAUACCAUGGUAUCUUGAUUUUAUUCGACAAGGUUUUGUUUGGCCACAAAGUCCUAUUCGUUGUCUUACAUGGUGGUUAAUUGAUCUUGGUUUUUAUAAUACAGCUUCACUUAUUCUUGUUUGGACAUCAAUUGAAAGACAUAUUCUUGUUUUUCAUGAUCGAUGGAUAUUAACUUCGAAAAAACGUUUUUUAAUUCAUUAUCUUCCAUUAUUUAUACUUAUUCUUUAUUCAAUUAUUUAUUAUACAAUUGUUAUAUUUUUUCCACCAUGUCAUCAUACAUAUAUAUAUGUAUUACCUGUAUGUGCUGCAUCACCAUGUCAUCUUUUUCAUCCUAUAUUAGGUUUAUGGGAAAUGGGUAUACAUGGAUGUUUAUCAACAAUACUUGUUGCAUUUUUUAGUAUUUCUUUACUUAUUCGUGUUAUUGUUCAUAAACAUCGUCGUCAUCGAGUAUUUCGAUGGAAAAUCUAUCGUAAAAUGAUUAUUCAAUUAUUAUCUAUUUCAAUACUUUAUUUACUUUUAAAUUUUCCUAUUAUGAUUAUGUCUGUUGCACAUCUUUGUGGUUUACCAGCAUAUGUUGGUGUUGAAGCACAACAGAUCACAUUUUUUCUUACAUAUUGGGUUAUGUUUCUUUUACCAUUUGUAACAUUAUCAUCAUUACCUGGUUUACGAAAAAAAAUAUGUACAAUAGGAUUUUUAAAAUGUCAUCGUCAAAAAACUUUUACUAUGACAAUGAAAAGAAUAAUUAGGGCCGAUUAA